CGCGGCGGGCGACCGCACGCACGCGAAAACAGCGCGCGCGAGCGUGGUCGAUCGAGGACUGAACCGGGCGCGGAGGGCAGCCCCCGGCCGAGGGACGCGAUGGAGGCUCUCGUCGCGGCUCUGCAAGACCCGGAGACGCGGGAGAAUGCCCUCCUCGAUCUGAGCAAGAAGAGAGACAUGUUCACGGACCUCGCGCCGAUCCUGUGGCACUCGUUCGGCGUCAUCCCCGCGCUGCUUCAGGAGAUCGUGUCGAUAUACCCGCUCCUGUCGCCGCCGUCGUUGACGAACCACGCGUCGAACCGCGUGUGCAACGCGCUCGCGCUCUUGCAGUGCGUCGCGUCGCAUCCGGACACGCGCGCGCUCUUCUUGAACGCGCACAUCCCGCUGUUCUUGUACCCGUUCCUGAACACGGUGAGCAAGACGCGGCCGUUCGAGUACCUGCGGCUGACGUCCUUGGGCGUGAUCGGCGCGCUCGUGAAGGUGGACGACACGGACGUGAUCAACUUCCUCCUCUCCACGGAGAUCAUCCCUCUGUGCUUGAGGACGAUGGAAUUAGGGUCGGAGCUCUCGAAGACGGUCGCGACGUUCAUCGUUCAGAAGAUUUUGUCCGACGAGGUGGGGUUGAGCUACAUAUGCGCGACCGCGGAACGGUGCUACGCGGUGGGAACGGUGUUGGGGGGGAUGGUGACGAUGCUCACGGAGCAGCCGUCGGUGCGGUUGCUUAAACACAUCAUCAGGUGUUACCUGCGGCUGUCGGAUAACCCGCGCGCGCGCGAGUGCCUGCGUCAGUGCUUCCCGGACCAGCUCCGCGACCCGAACUUCACCGCGUGUCUGAAGGACGACAUCGCGACGCAGAAGUGGUUGGUGCAGCUUCUCAUGCAGCUCGGGUACACGAACGGGUGAGCGGUCGGUGCUGUAACUGGUUUACGAACUUCGUUUUACAAACGUACGCGCUCUUGAAGACUUCAAACGUCCGUCGUCGUCGUCGUCGUCGUCGUCGUCGUCGUGCAUCGCUGCUGCUGUUAUACACUCUAGUCGCGCGAACUCGCGCAUCCCCCCCCACUACGCACGGCACGUCUCACUUGUACCGAAGCGCCUGCCUCACACUGUUUAGUCGGUCGCGGGAAACCUUCACGCCGUUGAUCAACACGCCGACGCCGAGGCCGACGCCGAGGCACACGCCGAGGCCGACGCCGACGCCGAUGCGUAUGCCCGCGCUGAACCACGUGAGCUCGCCCUUGAACAAGUCCUCGGACGCGAGCUCUUUGUCCCCCCCGCCGCUGCUGUGGUACUCGUGCAUCAGAUCCUCGUAUCGCUUCCGAACGUUUCGAAGGAGCUCCGCGCGGUCGAACACGCUGAGCUCCCCCUUCCACGGCACAAGGCUCCACUGCCGCGCGGACACGGCCUCGUCGCCGCUGCCGUGCCCGUCGCCGUCGCUGGUCUCGUCCACGACCGCGUCGUCGAGCUCGAGCUCGUCUGCGGAGGAGGACGACGGCGGCGGCGCCGCGC